UAAUAAUAAUAUAAUAUAUGCCAUUUAGCAGACGCUUUUAUCCAAAGCGACUUACAGUCAUGUGUGCAUACAUUCUACGUAUGGGUGGUCCCGGGAAUCGAACCCACUACCCUGGCGUUACAAGCGCCAUGCUCUACCAACUGAGCUACAGAAGGACCACCAUCUAAAUGGAUUGAAGUGGAUUUAACAGGUGACAUCAAUAAGGGAUCAUAGCUUUCAUCCUGGCCAGUCUACUGUAUCAUGAAAAGAGCCGGUGUUCCUAAUAUUCUGUCCACUCAGUGUAUCUCUAGGUACAUUCUAAGGGAUCAUAGCUUUCAUCCUGGCCAGUCUACUGUAUCAUGAAAAGAGCCGGUGUUCCUAAUAUUCUGUCCACUCAGUGUAUCUCUAUAGGUACAUUCUAGAGAUGGGAGGUGGUAGAUUACAGACCGAGAGCACUAUCCACUAUAAUAGAUCGGCGCAGACACAGAUAUGCCAGGGCUUGUGCUAAUGUCACACAGAAAUGUUGCUGUAUCCUAAACCAUAUAUUUCCAUAUAAUACAUAGACAUUUCAGCAUGUUGUGUUCUUAUUUUUGUCGUCGGCAUAUUUUUUGUUAGGGAAUAUUACGGAUCUAUAUACCGUUGGCGUAUAUCUAUGGACCAGCCAACGUUAAGCGCACACGCAGACGUUCCGCUACAAUUUCCCCGAAGAUGGCGGCGAGCGGACGUGUUCACCUACUCUUACUGUUGAUGUCAGUGCCAUUCUGUCUGUGUACCGUUCAAGGAUUGAAAGCACCUAGCGGCAAUGGAAACGGACUCGGUAAUCCGCCAGCAAACCCUCCGGUUCCCGUUAAUAUUAUUGAAGCGCCCGGUCCAGUCCCAGUUGCGGCCAUGACGCAGCCUCGGAGGGCUACCGGGUGGAAGCUGGCGGAGGAGCAGUCCUGCCGGGACGACCUGACCCGGCUUUGUCCCAAACACACAUGGAGCAACAAUUUAGCUGUUCUGGAGUGUUUACAGGACAGAAAGGAGGAAACCGAGAUUGCUGUCGACUGCAACCAUUUGCUAUGGAACUACAAGCUGAACCUGACAAUGGAUCCCAAGUUUGAGUCUGUGGCCAUGGAGAUCUGCAAGAGUACUAUCACUGAGAUUAAGGAGUGUUCAGAGGAGGAGCGUGGUAAGGGUUACCUGGUGUCCUGCCUGGUGGAUCACCGUGGUAACAUCACAGAGUACCAGUGUCACCAGUACAUCACCAAGAUGACCUCUAUCGUCUUCUCAGACUACAGACUCAUCUGUGGCUUCAUGGACAAGUGUAGAGAGGACAUCAACACGCUACGCUGUGGAAGCAUCAACGUUGGAGAGAAGGACAUCCAUUCACAGGGUGAGGUCAUAGCGUGUCUGGAGAAAGCCUUAGUCCGAGAGGCGGAGCAACAGGACCAGGCUCAUCCAAUCAGAGAGGAGUGUAAGAAGAGCAUCAUGCGCGUAGCGGAGCUGUCGUCAGACGACUUCCACCUGGACAGAUUCCUGUACUUCUCCUGCCGAGAGGACCGAGAACGCUUCUGUGGAAACACCCAAGCAGGAGAGGGCAAGGUUUACAAGUGUCUCUUCAGCCACAAGUUUGAGGAGGCCAUGUCUGAGAAGUGUCGAGAGGCCCUGACCACGCGUCAGAAGCUGAUAACCCAGGACUACAAGGUUAGCUACUCUCUGACCAAGGCCUGCAGGGCUGACCUCAGGAAGCACCGCUGUAACCUGGACACCAACAUGCCCCGCGCUAGAGAGGCACGACUAUCAUAUCUGCUGCUAUGCCUGGAGUCUGCUGUACACAGGGGUGGGUGGAGGAGAGAGAGUGUGUGUGUACAUGUGUAUGAGGGGUGAUAAAUGC